CACAGAGAAAUAAAACACAGAAAAUAGCAAAAUAUCUCUCUGUGAAAACACGAAAUAAUUGUGUGGCGUGUGUAGCUGGUGGGAUGGCCAGUAGUACUUCUCGGGAUGGCUGAGCAGUGACAGUGUGUGCGAUAGCCAUUGAGGUGAGAGUGAUUUUCCCGCAGAUGCACGCAUUUCAGUGGAUUUCCCGAGUGCAAAAGAGAAACCACAGCAUUUCUCAGCCUUCCCACUAAUUUCCCCUGAGCCGCACCACAACAGUGGACACCAGGAGCCCUGUGGAAGCCCAGAAAGUGUAAUUUACGAGCCGGAUAAGGCCAGGCAUAGUGCAGAAAUCCGCGAACAAUUGACAGUGAGCGGGGUUUUCCGCGUCUCAAAAGGAGUGUGCUUCGCGCGAAGGGGGCUCACCUGCGCCCGCGUUGACGAUCUAUUUCUGGCACUUGCAACCCAUUUUCUCCACCAAAGCACUUGGGCAUGAGGAGCAGCAUCGUCGGUCCACUGCGGAUUACAUAAAGCGCCAAUCGAUGCGGAAUCAAUAGAGCACACAAUCCACUCUCAGGUGACGACAGUGGCUGCGAAUCGACGAGAUGGCUCUCACGGCAUUCCUCAGGCGCACCCUGAUCGCUCUCUUCGCCAUCAUGACCUUCGUCCUGAUGGUGUUCUACUGGAACCAGGACGCACUCAAGCCGUCGUCCUACUUGAGCACCUUCGAUCGCCUCGUGAGAACCAAGUUAGUCACUGAUCCUGGAAAAAUCUUCGUCUCGGAGAAGACAUGGACGUACAAGUGCGUGAAUGAUCGAUGCGUUCGACAGCACUAUCUCACUGAGCAUCACCGGGAGAGGCGAGUGCCCUUCCUCACUUGCUCGAUGACGUGCGGCGCCCCAAAUAUAUGGCCCGAACCCACUGGGAAGGUGACGCUGGGCAGUAAAUCUCUCACCUUCGCCACGGCGCACGUGAAGGCGAACGUAGAGACGCCGUUCGAGAAGGUGGAGAGUCUCUUCAGGGACGCGUUUCUGGUGUUUAUGGAUGAUCUGCGAUUAAUCGAGAGUAUCGCCAAGGAGGAGAAGCACGAAGGGGAGAAUCAGGCGGCAGCGGAGGGUGGCGAUGGGGCAACAAGUGUCCCCAAACACCCUGACGACACCCUCUGCCGACCCGACCGCCCAUGCGAGCUGGACCUGGUGGAAGUCACCGUGAAGAUCUCCAAGUAUCCGGACGUGGCGCUCAGAGUGGACACAGAUGAGAGCUACAACAUCACGGUGAAGUCGGACGGGCGCAAGACGAGCGUGAGGAUUCACGCGAAAGGCUUCUUUGGCGCCCGGAACGCCCUGACGACGCUCCAGCAGAUGAUCUGGUAUGACGACGAGGACAAGUUGCUGCGAAUCAUCGGGCGCGCAUAUGUGGAGGACGCUCCAAAGUUCGGAUACCGAGGCCUUAUGUUGGACACAUCGCGCCACUACUUUUCCGUGGAGGCGAUCAAGAGGACACUUUCGGGCAUGGCGCUGAGCAAGCUCAAUCGCUUCCACUGGCACAUGACGGACUCCCAGAGUUUCCCCUUCGUCUCGCGCCACUAUCCGCAGCUGGCCAUCCACGGCGCGUACUCGAAUCACGAGGUGUACACCACUGAGGACGUGCGAGACAUUGUGGAGUUCGCUCGAGUGCGUGGCAUUCAGGUGAUACCGGAGAUCGAUGCGCCGGCUCACGCGGGCAACGGCUGGGAUUGGGGCCCGAAGCACGGCAUGGGUGAGCUGAGUCUGUGCAUCAAUCAGCAGCCGUGGAGCUUCUAUUGUGGCGAGCCGCCAUGCGGACAGCUAAACCCGAAGAACAACAACACUUAUCUGGUGCUGCAGCGACUGUACGCGGAACUGCUGGAGCUCACGGGCCCCACGGACUUUUUCCACCUCGGUGGCGACGAGGUGAACCUGGAUUGCUGGGCGCAGUUCUUCAACGACACCGACCUCAGGGGAUUGUGGUGCGAGUUCAUGCUGCAGGCCUUCCAGCGGCUGCGGCAGGCGCACGGCGGCACGGCGCCGAAGGUGACUGUGGUGUGGUCGAGCGGACUCACGAGCACGCCGUGCCUCUCAAAGAACUCCUUCGCCGUGCAAGUGUGGGGCGGCAGCACGUGGCAGGAGAACUUUGACCUGAUCGAGAACGGUUUCAAUCUCAUCAUCUCGCACGUGGACGCGUGGUAUCUGGACUGCGGCUUCGGCAGCUGGCGGUCGACGGGCGAGGGCGCGUGCUCGCCCUACAGAACGUGGCAGAAUGUCUACAAGCACCGCCCGUGGAACCGCAUGAGGCUCACGCCGGUGCAAAUGAAGCAGAUUCUUGGCGGCGAGGUUUGCCUUUGGACAGAACAAGUCGACGAAUCGACGCUCGAUUCCAGAGUUUGGCCGCGAGCUGCAGCCUUGGCUGAGAGAUUGUGGACAGAUCCUGAUGAUGAGCAUGACUUUGACGCAGUCCACAAGGAUGUGUUCAGUCGCUUUUCCGUGUUCCGGAAUCGACUCGUGCAACUCGGCAUCAAGGCUGAGGCGAUCUUUCCCAAAUACUGUGCCCAAAAUCAGGACGAGUGCGUCUGACUGUUGAGAUAAUUCUGCGCGAGGACAAGUGAUUGAGAGAUUGUGUUGAGGACAUUGUUUACUCCGCGCGUCCUCGCUGAGGAUUUGGAGUAUAUUAAUCGUAUAAUUGUGAUUAGUACCACUUAGAGCUUUUUUUUACAUAAUUACACGUCUCACGAGGGAAGAGAGGUGAGAAGCUGAGCGUGUGCGAAGUUAGUGGGCGUUUUAAAUAUUUAAUACAAAAAGUAAGAAGAUAUGGAGAAAUAUUGUAGCGGUAUUGUGACAUUGAGUUUAGUUGACAAAUUGAUAUUAAGAAGGUGAAAUUUUUCGUCUUUAGAUAGAGAUAAAUUGCUCUCGCAGAAUUACUUAGUGCGUGGUCUUGGCGAUGAAAAUGUAUGAUAUGAAUAUGAUACGAAAAUAAUUCCUAUUCCUCACGACAAUGUUAUGUAUUUUUAUAAUUUAUUCCGUAGUAUUUUGUAUUUCUUGCCACGAAAAACGUGUACAUAGGCCGAUGGCUAUUUCCUAGUUGACUGCAGUUUAGCUAUCAAUUCUACUCUAACUAACCCAAUGUGAUUGUUGAAAUACUUACUCGAGAGUGAGAGAGAGAGACAGAAAUUAUGAAGCGCGCGAUUGACUUAAAAUUCUUUCUCCUAGAGUUUACGCAACUCUUGCAAUUCAUUAGUCUAUUCCCAAGUCAAAAUGGUGAUUAUCACGGUGGUUUCAAUAUCGAUUGACACAGUUUAGGAACACUUUCCCAUUCAGGCUCUCUGAAUGGCAAUUUCCUUCAAUUCAGAGCUUUUUUUGCUCUGUUAGUAAUUUUUGCACGACGUAAUUAAACAUGGAAACGUAUAAACAUCAACUAUUCUCAUCUUUUCGCCGUGCACCGUCUGCAUUUUAAUCCAAUAAAUUAAAAAACUUGCACCGUUUACACUUUCUCAACUUCCCGCGGGGUUGAAAUAUUGUUUAACAUGAGCAAGUUUUCAGUGUUUUUUUCUUUCUCACGAUGGAAAACUUCUUUUUCCAACGCACUUUGUCAUGGGAAAAUAUCUCAAGGAGUAACCGAUGAAAGGACUUUGUGCAAGUUGCAGAAGUGGUGGAAAAGCUGAAAAUUUAUGAAAUAGAAAUUGCAUGGCGCGCGGACAAUUUCCUUCUUGUGCUUCUUUUUGCCAGUUAAUUUUUGAGCUUUUUUUCGUGCUGUAAACUUGGGUGCUUUUCGUUUUUAGCGCAAUAGAUUUUAUUAGGGAGAUUAUGAUAAAAGACAUGUUGGAAGAUCCAAAAAUAGCCAAAUAUAUAAUCCAAUUUCGUGAGCAAUUUCAGUUGAAGCCAAGAAUAUUUGUAAGUGUAAUUUGUAUUGCCAAGAAAAUCACUCAAAAAGCUGCUCUCAAGCAUCGAAGAUGAACAAAAAAAAACCUCACGAAGCGUAGCAAAAGUGACAUCAUGUGUUUUGUGAUAGACUGAAAAUUGAUUAGGAAGAUGUGUGGAAAAUUUACUUACAAAUUGAGAGGAGUGAUUUUUUGCAGAAUAACGAUGAAACGAAUGAUGUUUUGAGACGAUUGCAUUGCGGAUUGUAUUGCUAACGCCCAGUUUUUGAUGGAGAGUGUCUAGGAAUACAGGUGAUCAAAGCGUGACCUUAAAUACUUAGAAUGACGAGAAGAGAAAAGGGGAGAAAAUGCGACUUUUUCUCCACGCAGAGAAGCGUUGAAUUAGUGAAUUGUAGUAUAAAAGAUGAUUCUGUAGUUGGAGUAUUUUUCCUUGUAUUAAUCAUCAGCAUUAAUUGACUUGUUUCUGAUUCUUAAUUGUAGAUAAGAUUCUUGAGUGUUAGUAAUUGUAUAAUUAGCAAUAGUUGGAUAGUUUAAUUGUACAUUGAAAUAUUUUACAGUAUCAUGAUUAUUGCAAUUUUGGCGCGCUUGAGCAAUUUAGAAGAUUAAACACACACUUGUUGAAUAUAUUUGCGUUUUGUGUCCAUUUGAUAGGAUUGAUUGAUGAAUAAGAACAAAGGAACAUUUUUUAGUGUUUAAGAAGAAGAUAAAUUAGUGGAAAUUUGUUAAUUUUUGCUAAAAUUUACGUACCUCAGAAACGGAGAAACAAAGUGAAAGGACAAGAGAUGUAGAUUUGAGAGAAGAGAGAGAUAAGAAAAAUCCAAUAAA